GAGAUUUCCAGUUCCUCGAAGGCGGCCGGUCCGACAUAACUAACCGGUCGCCCUUUUUGUUCACCUAAUCGCUAAGAGGGAGGGACGGAAUUCCCGAACAUUUGAUGCUAGGAAAUCAGAUCGGAGGGCUCCAAAGGCCUGGAGUCCAAACGGUGACCCGGAAGCGGAAAUCUCUUGCAGGCGGAGUGCUGGUGAGCGGAGGCAGCCGCGGCGGCAGCAGUAGCAGCAAUUCAUCCACAAGAAGCUUGGCUACAGGGGGAAGAUGCUGAUCAAAGUGAAGACGCUGACAGGAAAGGAAAUUGAGAUUGACAUUGAACCCACAGACAAGGUGGAACGGAUCAAAGAGCGAGUAGAAGAGAAAGAAGGAAUUCCUCCACAGCAGCAGCGACUCAUCUACAGUGGCAAACAGAUGAACGACGAGAAGACAGCUGCUGAUUACAAGAUCCAGGGGGGUUCAGUCCUCCAUUUGGUGUUGGCUCUUCGUGGGGGAGGUGGCCUUGGGCGGUGAUGGACCUCCCUCUACUUUAUUCCCUUACCCCAUCACUUAUAAUGAUGCGCCAUACACCCUUCCACUUCCUGGAACAACAGAACCACCACUUCCUCCCCAGGACAGAU